CCACCUGUAGUCCGACAAAAGCCCCGAGCCGACGUAGACGCGCGUUCGCCGCCGUCCGCGGGUCUCUCGGGGACGUUUUGAAUGUAGUAUAAAUCACGGCUUCGUGUUCACCUGUGCGGUCCAUCACCUAUAUCCGGGGGAGUGAUCGAGUUGAGGUCUUCGUAAAUAAAAUAUUAUCGCGUAUGUAUUAUUAGGUAUAACAUUUCAAAGCCCCUCACCUCGCCAAUAAAUACGUAUACCUUAGGUACCGUUCGAAAUGUAGCUACCAUUAGCGUGUCGUCACUCGUCGGUCGCAAUUUAUUCUGUCUAUUCAAAUAUUCAAUGAUGGUGCUGGACUUUUUGGCAACUUGUUUGUUUUAGUCGUAUAAUAAUUCACCACAAAUAUACAAAAGCGGGAAGUAAGUCAAUGCUCAGCGAUGACUUCGGAAAACGUAAAAGUCAUUGCGAGGUGUCGGCCAAUGAACACGAGGGAACGGGCGUUAAACAGUAAGAACGUCGUGUUUAUAGACUCAGAGAAAUGCACUUGUUCGAUCGUCAAUCCCACAGACGGUUCGGCUCCGCCGAAAACGUUUACGUUCGAUGGUGUUUACGGGCCCGAUUCGAACACGGAGCAGAUAUACAACGACAUUGCUUAUCCCUUUGUGGAAGGCAUCUUGGAGGGUUACAACUGUACGGUGUUCGCGUACGGUCAGACUGGAUGUGGCAAGAGUUUCUCGAUGCAGGGUGUAGACUCACCGCCGAACCAACGCGGAAUCAUACCCAGAGCCUUCGAACAUGUUUUCGAGGCAAUAUCCGUCACGGAUGACGUAAAGUUUUUGGUGCUUGCCUCGUACAUUGAGAUCUACAACGAGGAAGUGAGAGACCUAUUGAGCACAGACACCAAACGGAGACUUGAGUUGAAGGAGAACCCGGAGAGGGGUGUCUACGUACAUGAGUUAUCGCAUCACGCCGUGCAAGAUGUGACUGAGUGUCAAAAGCUCAUGGAACAGGGUUGGAGGAAUAGAGCAACAGGAGCCACAAUGAUGAACGCCGACUCUUCCAGGAGCCAUUCGAUUUUCACCAUAUCCGUGGAAAUGAUGUCAAUGUCGCAGGACGAGGAUGACAUUAAGUCGAUAAAACGAGGUAAGCUGAGUCUGGUUGAUUUGGCUGGUAGCGAACGUCAGACGAAAACCGGAGCUUCGGGCGACCGGCUCAGGGAAGCCACCAAAAUCAAUCUCUCUUUGUCGGCCUUGGGCAAUGUGAUAUCAGCCCUGGUGGAUGGAAAAGCAAAACACAUACCGUACAGGGAUUCAAAACUCACUCGGCUACUACAGGAUUCUCUUGGUGGAAAUACGAAGACGUUGAUGGUCGCUUGCCUGUCACCCGCCGACAAUAACUACGACGAGACCUUGUCAACUCUAAGGUACGCCAAUCGAGCGAAGAACAUAUACAACGAACCACACGUGAACGAAGAUCCCAAAGACACGAUGCUGCGCCAGUACCAAGAACAGAUAAAAAAACUCAAAGAACUGCUGGAAGCUUCCACUGCUCAGUUGCCCACGAACGAUAUUCCCGAAAAAGAAAAAUUGAGGCAGGAGUAUCAAGAUGAAAUGUGCAAACUAAGGGAAAAAUACCAAGAAGAAUAUAAUUCCAAAGUUCAGAUGCAAGCAGAUUUGAAAACUUUGAAAGAGAAGUACGACAAAAACUUGGCAAAGAUCUCGAAUCAAAACGACAACAAUUACAGGACGUCAUCCCCACAACAGAUCGUCGAAAAAGCGUUGAAGAGCAAUCGAGUGGAACUGAAUUCGUCGCAACAGGAAAUACUGAAAAGGUUGAAGAAACUGCAAGAGAGUAUGGUUGGCGGGGAGAGGGUCAACGACAGAGAGCUCCAGGAACGCCGAUCGCGCAAAAAAAAAGCAGCUGAGAGACGGCUGAAUGCGUUGGCGAGGGCGCUGGCCACUGUCGAGACCGAAGAAGGACCGAACUUGGUGUUGGGCGUGUACGACGACAUACAGGAAGAGCUGAGGGCUAAGAACGAGGCGUUGAAGAAGUAUAGACAAAAACUGAAAGCGUCAGACCGAGAGGUGGCGGACAUCCAGAGUGAGUUCGAAAACGAGCGGACGGAUUACCUGGAAACAAUCAGGAAACAGGAGCGACAGAUCAAACUUCAGAGUCAAAUCUUAGAAAAAAUCGUGCCAACUUUGUCGAAAGAAUGCAAUUACAGCAACUUGGAGAGGUUGAAAGAAGACGCGGAAUGGGAGGAUGACACGCAGAGUUGGAAACUGCCGGACCUGACGAGGAUAAAACUACCUCCGGCUUCGGGCACGCUAACACAACCCGCCAACGGUUCGGCAGCGUUUAGCACGUUCGAAAACGGCCGGAGGAAGAUGUCGCUGGGCAUAUUCAACACGUUGGCCGGUCUGUCGUUCGACAAGUCUUCCAGUUCGGACAGCAGUCGGCGGUCGUCGUCGUCGCCGGAUGUGCCCGUCUACGAUCAGAAAUAUCAGAAAUCGGCGGAAGACGAUUUUGCCGGCAAUUACUUUAAACCGAAACGAGCCACCGAGUUGCUGAUACAAUCCCACGGAGAGUCUGGUAGACCGUUCCAUAAAUGGAAAGGUAUAUACUUAGCUAGGUACCAAUAUAUAUUAUUGGGAAAAGUGUCCUAUUAUGAUUAAGAAGAGAACGCUAGUUACGACGGACACGAAGCCUGAAGAAUUUCGGGUUUUUUGGGGGAGUGAGGGAUCUAAACAAAUCUUUUUAUUUGCUCUAUCUGCAAGUAUAUAAUUAUAUAACUGUAUAAUAUUAUUGUGAUUUCUUAUUAGUUACUUAAUAAUUGAAGCUGGACAAGUUAUAGUCUUCUAUUUCAACUUGUCAAAGUGAGGUUACUAAAAACUAAUGAAGUCAAAUAAUUAAUUGGUCUCUGAAAUUGAUUUUUAAUAUUUAAAUAAAGUUAUCAAGACAUACUAUAGUAAAAGUGUGUAUGGGUGUGCUAUCUCGUCGAUUCCAUUUGAUAGAAUUUUAUUUUUAAGACGAGUAGGUAGAAAGUAUUUUUAAAUUGUUGGAAUAACUCGUCCGUGUAUUUGUACUAAAAUAAAUGAUGCUUAUAUAUUGUGAAAGAUACGUGCAUAAGACAGAUAUAAAAAAUAUGUCAUCUCAAUUACCUAACAUAGUAAUAAUAUGUCAUUUUAUCGAUUAAAUAUUGUUCACCGUGCAUAAUAUAUUAAAGACAUAAAAAAAAUGUUUUAUUAUUACAGGAAACAGACUUAUAUCAUCAGAAAAUAUGGUAAAGAAGCCGACGAAAUUAGAAUCGCUUCUUCCGGUUAUCGGCGACCGAAAACUACAAAAAAAUACAUUGGACAGAAUUUAAAAAAAUGUUCCUAAAAAAAA